AUGCCGCCAAAGCGAAAGGAAGUCGCCAAUGUCGCUGAGGCAAGGCGAAGCGCAGCGACUGUGAAGCGGCGGCGCGAGGGGCAGCGCAGCGAGUUCUCGUCGAGUGCGCUGCAUUCGACGUUUGAGGCACACGUCACCGCCGCACAAAAUUCGUUCCUGCGAGGUGACUCACAGGCAGCAGAGCACGAGGCGGUGCAAGCGCUCCGCAUCCGACCCACCGCGCAUCUCUUUGCCCUGUUGGCGGUGAUUGCGGAGUCGAAAGGAAAGUUUGACCAGGCCAGCGACUUCCGGCUCCUUCAGGCCUUCUUGGCUCGCGACAUCGUUCUAUGGGAGGAGCUGCUGCACGAUUUCAUGACACAGCAACUCUACUACAAAUCCGUGGUUUGCCUGCAGCGGAUGUCAGCGCUGGAGAAGAACCAGGAGCGGUACCGUGCGCUGCAGCUGCAGUUGGCAGAUCUACUUAUUGGCCUGGGCGAGAUUCGAAGAGCGUCGAAUGUGUUGGUGCCGUUGUGGAACAGCAGCCGUUGCCGCGACUUUGAGGUGUUCGCUCUCCUCUCGUCUUUGUACUUCCAGCUCGGCAAGUGGGCAUCACUCCAGCGGCUGAUCGAGAGCAGCGUCAAGCACGCUUUUCAGCUACUGCCAACGGGUGAGGUGACAGGAGCGACAACGGCGGCGGGGGAGACGAUGGGACACGGAGGGGAAGCAACUGCUCAAGUGUCGUCUUUCACUCCAGGCACGGAGCAGCAGCUGUCCUCACCCCCGCCGGACUCGUCGAUCUCAGAACAACCCGUCUCAAAACGCGUUCGCUUCUUUGGCAUGGACGUCGGGGAGGGCGGGACAGCAGCGCCCGUCACAGCGGACCUCACUGCCCCAACUGCGCCGACGUCGUUGUUUCCUGCCGAGACUUCGCUGGACGAAUUCAGGUUUGACGACUUCAUGCCACCUGCCUCGCCUCUCUCACACCCACCGUCGUCCCACCGCCCUGGGAAUGCAGCUAGCAGCAUGGGUGCGCACCGCGGGGGCGUGGUCCAUCAACUUUACGGGGAGCGAAUAGAGCUGCGCAGCCCGCAGGACCAGAAGAACUUUCUCACGCUUGUCAACGUCCAUGCCGAGCUGCUCAACGAGCAGGGGAACUUCUCCGACACAGUGCAGCUGCUUCAUAUGGCGGCUGGCUGCCUUGAUGUCGACCUGAUGGAGCUUCCGCCGGACCUCCUCGUGCGGCUUGGCGUGGCCUACGCGUUCCUUGGCGGCGUCUAUGAGCAACCAUGCCGCGACGUUUUUCAGCACUUGGUGGCGCACUGCUCAAUGGAGGACUAUGGUGACGUCCUGCUGGAUGCGGCCAUGUCGCUGCAGAAGGUGAGCAUGCAUGCGGAGGCGGCACAGGUGUACGUGACGCUGACCCGGUACCAUCAGUUUGUCUACGACCGUGUUCGCAGGCAGGUGGAUGUAGCGGAGGCGGAGCUGACGUUGAUGCAGGACACAGCUCCGUUGGACCAGGUGCAGGCGGCCGCAGACGCGUUAAAGGCACUCAAGGCGGAGGAGGCAGACCUCAAAACAGUGCUAGCCGCUGCUCUUCAAGGACAGGCUCAAAGCGCGUACGCGAGGGAGCUGUACGAGGAAGCAAAGGAAUACGGGGAGCGCGUGCUACAGCUAGAGCCCACCCAUCUGCAGGCACGUCUCCUGCUCGGUCGCUACUACUUCUAUCAGCGCAAAGACACAGCCGCCGCCGUAGAGGUGUUGACGCCGUCGAAACACGAGCCAGCGCUCCAGCGCAUUCAGCUCGGUGUGUUCCUCGUUCACGUGUUUCAGCGUGCGAAGCGCUACGUCGAGGCGAUCGCCCUCGGCGUUUCGAUUUUCGAGCUGCUGCUGUCCAGCGAAGAGGACGGCGACACCCAAUCUGUCGCACCUGGCACGCCGUCGCGUCGCAGCGGGGCCUCUCUUUACCUGCCGACAAUGACGCGUGCUAGUUCAGCCAUCAUACCUGCAUCGAGUCUGGCCGGAAUGGUGGGCGGCAGCGCCUCGGCUGGGGGCAGCAACGUCGCCGCACGUACCUCCUUUUCGUUAGCUGCGUCUAUCAAGGCGUCCACUUCCGUUGCACGGCAGCAGCUCGCUCGCCGUGGACUGGAGUCACUAACGACAACCGUCUACGGGGCCUCUGCGGCGGCGUCGCUCGCCGCCGGCUGGGAUCGACGGGAGGAGGAGGGGCAGCUUAAGGACACCUCGACGAUUUUCCGUUUCAACCGCCGGCGCCGCCGCCCUGGUGGCGAGAGGAAGGUGGCGGACGGUGCCCUCUUGACCGAUAGGAAGCCUGAAGGACCUGCCGGAGAUGCUGGUGAGCGAAGCGGCGAUGCUACUGUGCACGGCGAGCCAGGGGCCACUCGGCUCAAGACGGCCGAGGAGCGGCGCGCGGCUGUCAUCAGCAUGGAGCCGGCUGCCUUCUGGCCUGCUGAAGAGGGGGGGGAGGGUGAUGGGGCUGAGGAGGACCAGGCGGUAUCGAGCAGGGUCAAGCCAGGAGCAGACAAGAGCAGUGCGACGCAAUCUAUCAAGGAGGAGGACGGCGGCGACAGUGAGGAGGACCGAAGUCGCGCUGACGCUCUUCACCCCCCUGUAAAGCGCGACCGAGGCGGUGAAAGAGUCACCGACACAGCCGCUGCCGAAGCGGAGGUGGUGAAGACAUCAUCAGGCGUCGAGGGCAAGGGCGCGGGGAAGAGGGCGAAAAAGGCGAGCGCUGGCGCGGGCGUGGGCCGCUCCAACAACACGAUAGUGGGGGAGCGGGACAGGGACCUGGCAGAGUUGGAGGGGUUCCUGACAGAGGGUGAGGCGAUUGCGAACACGGAAGCGGAGCUGGCCGAGUCGUCUGGAAAUGCGAGGGAAGUGGUCGUAGGCCCGAUGCGGGAUGAUGAGCAACACGACGAGGACGCGGUGGACGCAUUGCCGGAAUCCUAUGAGCUCCCCUCGCUGGAGGAGGUCAGCAAGCAGUUCCAAGACCCGGUUAUGGCGCAACUUUUUCUUGAUGCCUCCAGCUUCACGCCCGGAGGCGGGGUGCGCGGCGGGGAGGGGCAAGACAGUACCCAGAAUCCAUGGGCUGACUUGGCGGAGGCGAACCACAACGCCAGUGCCGGUGCCGGGCUUCCGGCUGGCACGGGGCUGGGGGACAAGGUGACACUCCGUGAGGCUGUGGCUGUGCUGGGCAAGGUGGGUUUCAUCGCACUCGCCGUUGCCGUUGUGGAGUGCUACAGUGCGGUGGGCCAGUUCACGGAGGCGCGGGAGUUCGCGUUUGUCUCACUCACUCACUUUGCGCAGAAGCGCCGGCUGCGGCAGAUGGGAAACGGACUCGAGCGGCCGCUGCGGCUGGCGGUACUGCGAGCCGCACUCGCUGCGGGUGAGAGCGAGGAUGCUUACCGGGUAGGACUCCGGCUCCUGCAGCAGGACACCGCCGAGGACAAGCGCCAUGAGGUGGUGGAGCUGAUGCACAGCGUGCUGAACCGCUGCUACGAUCGCAGCUCCAUCCUGUACCGCGCCGUUGCUGACGGCUACAAUGACCCUGCGCUACUUGUGCUGCUGGCCAACCGAUAUCACCAAACGCGCAGCUACACACGCGUGCUGAACCUGUACCUAAUGGCACUACGGGAGAGGCCCUCAGACAUUCUGCUCAACUUUAUGGUGGGUCUCUCCUAUCUGUUCUGCAGCCACCGAAAGCGAACUCGGUCUCGUGAGGCGUGCGUGUCGGCGGCCAUCUACUACCUGACUCAAUAUCAGCAGCUCCGCCUGGCUCUCGAGCCAGCUGUCGGCAUCGGGGAGGUACUCUACAACAUUGCUCGCGCUUUGCAAUUUCUGAAGUUGUACUAUUUGUGCAUUCAUUUGUAUGAGCGAGUUGCAUACGACUUGUGCCCGCCGGAGGAGUGCACCAUCGCUCUGCAGCGCGCCGCGCGCGUGAACCUCUACUUUGUAUACCGCUGGGCCUCGGGAAAUCGAACGCUGGGGCUGACGGCCCUGCAGCCGCGCAGCGUGCCCAAUGGCACACCUGUGGCAUCACCACGGCCGGCUAGCCCUUUCCGUCUCAAGGCGGACGGCGAAAUUCUUAACAUGCCAAGUCAGAGUGCACCUUGA